GCGCCCGCCCGGCUCUGGGGCCCGGCAGCAGCCGCGCCCGCCUCCCGCUCCACCGCCGCGGCUGGGCCGCAGCCCGCUACCCGCGCAGGGUCCGCCGCCGCCGCCGCUGUUGUUUUCUCACUGAGGCGAGCGCUACCCGCGCCCUUGCCCGCAGAGAACCGGAAGGUUGCGCUGCUCCCCGCGCUGGCUGGUGGUGGGGUCCUGGUUCCCCCCCGCGCGACGGCCGGGAGCUGGUGGAAUAGGCGCUCCGUUCCCCACCGCCUCUCCACGGCGGAGCCAGCAGAGAAGAGGCUGACGCGAGGGGAACCUGCGCGCACGGCGUCCUCCGCAUUGUGCGAGCCUGCAUGGGCACGGCUGUACGCUGCCCCGAGCUUCCCGCCCCGGCAUUGCAUGUAACCUGGGGGCGGCGAGAGGAGCCGUGAGGGAUGCUUUUGUGCGAGACUGCGGGCGGAGCAGCGGGUAACGGCAGAGCUAGCGGCAGCUGGAGCUGUGAUUGCGGGGCAGGUCGGGCGCUGCGGUCAUCCGCAGCUCUCCCGGUGGGAGAGGCUGGGCGCGAUGCCGAAUUAGGCGACCGGAGGAGCCCUUGCGAGCGUGGGGGCAGGCUUAGCAGCCCGUAGCUAGUCCGGGUCCCAGCGGAGCUGGGAGGGCAGUCAGGCAGCUCCCCAUGGCGAGCAACCGGAGCAUCGAGCUGGAGCACUUCGAGGAGCGGGACAAGAGGCAGCAGCGCGCCGGGCCGCGCCGCAGCGGCACCGGCUCCGGCGGCAGCGCGGGGCCGCGGGGCAACGGGCUGAUCCCUAGCCCGGCGCACAGCGCCCACUGUAGCCUCUACCGGACGCGGACCUUACAGGCGCUCAGCUCGGAGAAGAAAGCCCGGAAAGCCCGCUUCUACCGCAAUGGGGACAGGUACUUCAAGGGCUUGGUGUAUGCCAUCUCCAACGACCGCUUCCGCUCCUUCGACGCCCUCCUUGCAGAGCUCACCCGGUCCCUGUCGGACAAUGUGAACCUACCCCAGGGUGUCCGCACCAUCUACACCAUUGAUGGCAGCAAGAAGCUCACCAGCCUGGAUGAGCUGUUGGAAGGUGAAAGUUAUGUAUGUGCAUCCAAUGAACCGUAUCGCAAGGUUGAUUACACCAAGAAUGUCAAUCCAAACUGGUGCGUGAACGUAAGGACUGGAUCCACUCGAUCCUUGACAUCUUUGUCAUCCACAAAGAGUGAAGUGAAGGAGAGUAAAGAUUUCAUUAAACCCAAAUUAGUGACUGUUAUUAGGAGUGGAGUAAAACCACGGAAGGCUGUGAGAAUUCUGCUGAAUAAGAAGACCGCUCACUCCUUUGAACAGGUCUUGACUGACAUCACAGAAGCCAUUAAGUUAGAUUCAGGUGUAGUCAAGAGACUUUGUACACUGGAUGGAAAACAGGUGACAUGCUUGCAGGACUUCUUUGGAGAUGAUGAUGUCUUCAUUGCAUGUGGGCCUGAGAAAUACCGGUAUGCUCAGGAUGACUUCGUGUUGGAUCACAGCGAAUGCCGUGUUAUGAAGUCCUCUUAUUCCCGCUCACCUGGAAUGAGACAUACUGGGUCCAAAAGUCCGGGACCUUCACGUCGAAGCAAAUCACCUGCCUCAGUAAAGAAGGGUGGCCACUACUCCAGUGCUCAUUCUUCAGCAAAAUCCCCAGUUAAUGGAACCCCAAGCAGUCAAUUAUCCACCCCAAAAUCUACAAAAUCCUCCAGUUCUUCACCAACAAGCCCAGGCAGCUUUCGUGGACUUAAGAUCCCUCCACAUGGUGGAUCAUCUUCCAAUGUGAAUGGCGUUCCUGAAUCACUCCAUUGCCAGAGUCCCGAAGGUGUGAAUGGAAACAAGUGCUCAGGGUCAUCUACCAUUCUUGAGAAGUAUAAAGUGGGGAAGGUAAUUGGUGAUGGCAAUUUUGCUGUUGUAAAGGAGUGCGUAGAAAGAUCCACAGGAAAGGAGUUUGCACUGAAGAUCAUAGACAAGGCUAAAUGCUGUGGAAAGGAACACCUGAUUGAAAAUGAAGUGUCUAUUCUGCGUCGCGUGAAGCAUCCAAAUAUCAUUAUGCUUAUAGAGGAAAUGGACACCCCAACAGAACUCUAUCUUGUGAUGGAGCUGGUCAAGGGGGGAGAUCUAUUUGAUGCUAUCACUUCUUCUACAAAAUACACAGAGCGAGAUGGGAGUGCAAUGGUCUACAAUCUAGCCAGUGCACUCAGAUAUCUCCAUGGUCUCAACAUUGUGCACAGAGACAUCAAGCCAGAAAAUCUCCUGGUAUGUGAAUAUCCAGAUGGAACCAAGUCUUUGAAGCUAGGAGACUUUGGACUGGCAACUGUGGUUGAAGGACCAUUAUUUACUGUCUGUGGUACACCCACCUAUGUGGCUCCAGAAAUCAUUGCAGAGACAGGAUAUGGCUUAAAGGUGGAUAUUUGGGCUGCAGGUGUGAUCACAUACAUACUGUUAUGUGGAUUUCCACCUUUUCGCAGUGAAAACAAUCUUCAGGAAGAUCUCUUUGAUCAGAUACUUGUUGGGAAGCUGGAAUUUCCUUCUCCCUACUGGGAUAACAUCACUGAUUCAGCAAAGGAGUUAAUUAGCCUGAUGUUACAUGUGAAUGCUGAAGCUCGGUACACAGCAGCACAGAUCCUAAGCCAUCCCUGGGUGUCAGAUGAUGCUUCCCAGGAGAAUAAUAUGCAAGCUGAAGUAACAGGUAAACUGAAGCAGCACUUUAAUAAUACCCUACCCAAGCAAAAUAACACAUCUGCUGGGGUUUCUGUCAUCAUGGUCCAAGGCAAUGAACACAGCUCUAGAUAAAGAGAGUCAGAUUUUCUGCAGCAAGCGCUGUCAGGACUCUGGUAGAGCUGGAAUGGAGAAAAUUUCUGCAAUUACUGCUGCAGCUGAUGAUCCUCAUGUGGCUGGGUCCGAGACCCUCUUCCCUGCUGCUUCUGAGCCACUCAGAUCCCCCAUGCUCCCUGCCUCAGUAUCUCCUCAGAGUGCUGGGGAUGAGCCUGGUGCGUAGGACUGAUGAAACCAAAUCCAAGAAGCUCCCUAGGCUCUCGCCACAGUUUCUCUUCAUUUCACAUGCCAAGUUUGUUUUCAGUUCGCUUGCACCCUCUCGUGGCGAGCCCAAGGCAGACUCUGUCAUGGGAGACUCAUCUAAUAGUGGGUGAGUGGUAGUGUGCUUUGAAUGCUCUUUGCCCUUGUCUUGAGAACAGCAGAAGGGGACGGAUUCUGGCAAUGUUAGAUGAUUUUUGGCAUUGUUUAGAUGAUCUGUGUUAGUUUAAUUAACUGCAUUUCACACAGCCUUGGGCUCGAAAUAGACUAACUUAUGGUGUAGCUAACCAUAUUUUUGUAUGAGCAGUUAGAUGAAGAACAGUUACCUAGCCUCACCUCUACAAGCAGGCCCUAUGCUGUUCUUCUGAAGGGAUUCUCAGAAAAGUUGGAGAGGAAGAUAAGGGAAGAAAACUUGUAUUCACCUUCUAUUCUGAUGCCUCUAUUUUUAGCCAAGUUUCUUCUAAACUUGAAGAGGCAAAUUUUCACAAAAAAAAUUUUUUAGUGGACUAACUGUAAAAAAUCAUGAGACAAGCAUUGGAGAUAGCAGGAAGGAUGGUUGUUUUUGCAUCAUGUUUGUUAUCUGACUUGCAGGCUGCAGGGUAGUGUUUAGAUAAUAUGAAUUUAAAUAAAGUGACUUGGGAUGUAAACACGAGCACUGGACAUUUAUUUGUAACAAAGACUGGAGUCAAGGAAGCCUUUUUGUUCUAGCCAUUUUCUGUCCUAACCCCAAGUGUCCCAUCCACACCUUUCUGCAGGGUCAGACUACCUAUUAGAUAAAAUAAAAUUACUCUGGACCUGUGAACAGAAAGCCUGCUGCAUGUUAUCUACGCUAGGAUGAAUGGAGCAGUUCCUAGUUUUAGGGUGAGCUGAUAGAGGAGCUACUACAAAUGGCUGCUGUCAAUAGCUAUCAAAGGUUUGUCAGUGCUAUCCCCUGUUCACCUGGUGCAGGCACUGGAAACAAGGAUUGGGGAACAGCUAUCCUUAAUCUGCAGUCACAAGAUAGAUGAGGUGUUCUCUUUCCCGUAAUGCCUAGUUCAAUAUCGUAUGUAUUCAGCUUAUUCUUUUCCUUUGCUCGUUCUUAUGAAUUGGUCAUAGAUCAUUUUCUUUCUUAGCUAUACUUUCUACUAGAAUUGUAAAAGACAGACCUGCAAUAAACUUUCUUCAUUAAAAAAAGCCAUUCAUUUCUUUGAGAAUUCA